AUGGAGCGCCCCAAGGAGGUUGCCUUGGAUGAGCUGCUGAUGAAAACCUUUUGGAAGCUUUCGGACGAGCUCAAUGGCUAUUCAGUGAACAGCUUCAAGGACUUGGUGCAUGACCUGGCUGCGCGGAUGGAGUGGUUUAUGCGCUUGGCUGCAACCAGCCCCUGCAAAGACAGCUUCGACGGUCCAAGCCUUCUUGUACUGUCCAGCGACACGCCGAGUGAAGAAAGGGAGAACUUGCUGAGCAGCAACGAUCUGUACUGCUCCAAGAUGAACGUCUAUGAAGCGGAAGGUGGCCGAUUCGAUAUGAGCUCGCAGAGUGCGCGCAUUGCUGCGUUCAUUGACAGUUUGUGA